GAAGCUGUACAUCGAACUCCGGUAGAAAUCUGGUGGGAGAUCCUUGACGAAACCAUAUAUGGAGAGUAUCCUCUGUUCUUCUCAACUGCGAUUCAACGAGAAGAUUGGGUACACUACUCUCACUGGAAUAUGCCUUCAUCUGAGCGUGACUGGCUUGAUGGCUUCGAACGUCAGAGGAAGAUCGUUGGUUCUGUUUGCCGAUCGUGGCAAGACUUCUCCCAAUCAAGGAGAUAUCGCUAUGUAAAGGUUGCGAUAACUAAUGAUGGAGCGCUCAGAGGGGUCGAAAAUGCUCUGACGGCAUAUCGUAUUCGUCUGUCUCGAGCUUACUACCGCAGCCUCGAACAUGUCAUAUUCGAGCAGGAAUAUAACUGGUUGGCGGUUGAAUUGGAUCAGCCCGUUGCAUCAAUACUCGCUCGUAUUCGUCUUCCACGCCUGAGACGGCUACAUAUGACCCACUACGAGCCUCGGAAGAUACUAAACUUAAACCCAUUGCUGGAUAUAUUGGCAACCUUUCCCAAUCUGACGUGGAUAAGCUACCUGUCCUCUUCUCGACGUGGGGAAUCUGUUCCAAUAGACAAGAAUAGGUCGCCAGUAGUCCUUCCACACCUUCAGUACCUAUUCAUUCACGUCUACGAAUUACCUAGUCGCGUUCCUUUAUUGGACUUGUUAGCAUAUUACUGCCAAACGCUUCGUUCGUUCGCUGCCAGAGGGUUCAACCGGAGAGGGGACAAGCCCGUGCUUCAAUUUCUAUCUUGGAACGAUUUUCCCAGUCUGGAGGAGCUCAUAUUGGAUAGCCAAUGGACUGUACAUUUCCAACCACUGCCAUCAAAUCAUCCUUUACGGAGACUGGACGUGAAAAUGGGAUCAUUUGAUGUGAUUUCGUCUCUCCUGGAGGGUGAUAAUAUGCGAGAACUUAUCUUGCAAAGAACUCGUUGGAUGAGUAAUGGUGGAUUAAUGGGAGAGACCGAGGAUCUGAUGGCUGAUAGAAUGGCGAUCGAUCGUAUAUUAUCACACGCGGUAGCUCGCGAUAUCAAGCUAAAGAUAACUUGGGAUGGGGAGCUAGAAGAGCUCGUGCUUGACAACAAAUGGACCGCGUAUUUCCAGGAUCUUCCUUUUGGUCACCCUUUACGGAGAUUAGACGCAACUUAUGGCUCGGUGGACGUUCUGCGGUCACUUAUAGAAGGCAAGGACAUGCGACACGUUACCUUACGAAGAGCACACUGGAGAUAUGAUGGCAGCGUGGCAAGGUUGUAUGAAGAAAUUAUAAUCAACAAGGAAGAAGAAACCAUCAACAGGAUUCCUGGAUCUGGCCGGGCGCCUAUCCUGUCUCGCCUGUGUCAAAAAGCCUCGUCACCAAAAGCUCUUAGUGAUCAAAUCCAACCCUCAUCCCAGUGUAAUUUCCUUGAUAGAUCAAAUGAAUCUGCCGUAGAUCGAGCGCCGAUAGAAAUUUGGUGGAAAAUUCUGGACGAAGUCAUUGACGCAGUACUCGGGUGGGGGGCAAAUCGGGCCUUUGCUACAACCUUUGAGGGCUCUUAUUGGGUCGCUUAUUCACAUUGGUGGAUGCUUAAAUACGAAGACGAUGGCAUUUCCGGAGCACAGAACCAGAUAAAGCUCAUUAGAUCUGUGUGUCGCUCAUGGGCAGCCUUUGCGCAGUCAAGGAACGACCGCGAUGCUAUUCUCAAUCUUGAUUUCACCGAAAAGCAACUUCAUGGCAUAAUUAAAGCACCAAAAGCACAUCGUCUCGGAAUAACUGCUUAUUGCAAUAAAGACAUUGUUCGCCUAGAGUUUGACCAAGGUGUUGGUGGGGAAAUCAUUAAACUUGACCGGAAGGAGAAGUAUCUCGACCUGAAUGUAUUCCUCGAUGUGCUAUACGGAUUCACCAAUCUGACUUGGCUUGAUUAUGAGGUCGAUAAUUCUCGUCGCCCACCCAUCCCCUUAAACCAAGGAAAACCUCCGGUUCUACUUCCAAAUCUUCAGCUGCCCAGCCGCGUUCCUCUCAUGGAUGUAUUGUCUUGCUAUCAAAAAACUCUCCAGUCCUUCGUCGCAGGAGGAUUUAAAGAUAGAGGAGAUGUGGCUACUAUUCAUUUCCCACCAUGGAACGAGUUUCCAAAGCUUGCAGAGCUUGUGCUCGACGAGCAAUGGAUAGCUUAUUUUGAGCCACUUCCACGUGGUCACCCCCUACGGCUACUCACCGCGCAGCUCGGGUCCCUUGGUCCCCUUUCAUCACUCCUGGACGGUGAAAAUAUGAUAGAAAUAAGGCUAUGGAGAUUGAAACUGACAAAAGAAGGUGGGUGGUGUGGGAGAGGUGAUAAUACGAUAAUUGGCAAUGUAGAGGUGGAAGAACUGUGGGAGAAGGCACAAACUCGUGGAAUUGAGUUCACAGUACUUGAGGAGGACUAG